AAACUUUCCUCGGGCUCGGGGCGCGUCGCCGCGGCCGCUGGAGAGGAGGCGCCCUGCCGCCCGGCCGCCCGCCGCGUACUUCGCUGCUCGUCGGCGCCCGGCCGGAGCCCGGCGCCCGGCCGCCCCGUCGCGCUCGGCCCCGAGGGCAUGCGGCAGCCGCGGGGGCCCCGGCUCCCGGGCUCGGCGGCGCGGGCGAGCGUGAGCGGAUGUUUGGUUCUUCUCCACGAUGAAUGAGUGUCACUACGACAAGCAGAUGGACUUUUUUUAUAAUAGGAGCAACACCGACACUGCUGAUGAGUGGGCAGGAACGAAGCUCGUGAUUGUCUUGUGUGUUGGGACGUUUUUCUGCCUGUUUAUUUUUUUUUCCAAUUCUCUAGUCAUCGCAGCAGUGAUCAAAAACAGAAAGUUUCAUUUCCCGUUCUACUACCUGCUGGCUAACUUAGCUGCCGCAGACUUCUUUGCUGGAAUAGCCUAUGUAUUCCUGAUGUUUCACACCGGCCCAGUUUCCAAAACUUUGUCUGUCAACCGCUGGUUUCUCCGCCAGGGACUCCUAGACAGUAGCUUGACCGCCUCCCUGACCAAUCUGCUGGUGAUUGCGGUGGAGAGGCACAUGUCCAUCAUGAGGAUGCGGGUCCACAGCAACCUGACCAAGAAGAGGGUGACGCUGCUCAUCCUGCUGAUCUGGGCCAUCGCCAUCUUCAUGGGGGCGGUCCCCACACUGGGCUGGAAUUGCCUCUGCAACAUCUCAGCCUGCUCUUCCCUGGCCCCCAUUUACAGCAGGAGUUACCUCGUUUUCUGGACCGUGUCCAACCUCGUGGCCUUCUUCAUCAUGGUUGUGGUGUACCUGCGUAUCUACAUGUAUGUCAAGAGGAAAACCAAUGUCCUGUCUCCACACACAAGCGGGUCCAUCAGCCGCCGGCGGGCACCCAUGAAGCUGAUGAAGACCGUGAUGACUGUCCUAGGGGCCUUCGUGGUGUGCUGGACCCCCGGCCUGGUGGUGCUGCUGCUGGACGGCCUCAACUGCACGCAGUGCGGCGUGCAGCACGUGAAGCGCUGGUUCCUGCUGCUGGCGCUGCUCAACUCCGUCAUGAACCCCAUCAUCUACUCCUACAAGGACGAGGACAUGUACAGCACCAUGAAGAAAAUGGUCUGCUGCUUCUCGCAGGAGAAGAACCUGGAGAGGCGCCCGUCCCGCGUGCCCUCCACGGUGCUGAGCAGGAGCGACACGGGCAGCCAGUACACGGAAGAUAGUAUUAGCCAGGGCCCCGUCUGCACUAAGAGCAGCUCCUGAGCUGGGGACGCCUCUCCUCUGGGGAGCUGUAGUAGAGAAUGGAUGGCUACCUGUCUCCCGUGAAGCCCAGGCACAGUGUUAUUUGAGGUCUGAAUUAAUCACUGCUAGGGUUGGUUCU